AUGGACAGGAGAGCGAGAGAGAUCUACGCGGAGAAGAAGGAAGCACUGGAAAAGGGCGAUGCGGAGGUAACGAAGCAGGUUGGGCGGGGCAAGGAUAUCCUCAGUAUCCUCAUGCGUGCUAACUCCAGUGCAGAUGUGAACGACAGACUACCAGAGGAGGAAGUGAUCGCGCAAAUGUCGGUUUUCUUGGCAGCUGCACAGGACACGACGUCUAACGCAAUUGCACGUGUUCUACAUAUUCUCGCGCAGAAGCCGGAUUACCAAGAACGACUCCGAAACGAAUUGCUAGAAUCCCGCGCCGGGGAUGAUCUAGCUUAUGACGACUUGAAUCGGCUCCCACUGCUUGACAGCAUUAUACGGGAGACGCUGCGACUCUACCCUCCAGCAAGCAUCUUGCUUCGUGUCGCAACCCAGGACACCGUUUUACCUCUGUCAGAGCCGAUCCGGACUGUGGAUGGACAAGAGAUGACCGAGGUCCCUAUCCCGAAGGGUUCGGAGUUCCUCGUGGGUUUUCUUGGAUGUAACGCGAGCAGAUCCGUGUGGGGCGAGGACUCCCUCGAGUGGAGACCCAAGCGCUGGAUGCCGUCCUUGCCCACGUCGGUUACGGAGGCCCGUAUCCCAGGUGUAUACCCAAAUUUGACUACAUUUGCAGCAGGCAAGCGUUCGUGCAUCGGGUUUAAGUUCGCUGAGAUGGAAAUGAAGGCCAUGCUGUCCAUGCUCAUCUCCCACUUCGUCUUCCAGCUGAGCGAUAAGCCGAUCGUGUGGAAUGUUGCGGCGAUCCUGUACCCUACUGUUGGGUGGGAGAGUUUGAGGCCUGAGUUGCCGCUGAGCGUGGGGUUAUACAAGUAG